AUGGAAAAAAAUAGUUCUUUUAAUUCUUUCACCUUAAAGCAUAUUUUAUGUCUCAAAAGUAUAAAAACUUUAAUACAAGUACCUACAUAUUAUAUAUACACAUACAUAUAUAUACUAUAUAUGGAUGAAACAUAUUUUAAUGUUGUUUACUUUUUUAAUACUUGGUUGUUCUUCAAGGUAAUAGCGAUACAAUUAAAUUUUGUUCAGAAAGUUUGUUUGGAAGUUUAUUUUAAGCACUAUCGUACCAAAUAUUUCAUAUUUCACAUUUUAUAUGUUGCACAUAGCCUAUACAGUACCUAUGUAGUUUUUAAAUUAUUGUUUAAAAAAAUGAAACAGCUGUUAUAA